AUGAGUAUUCAAGUAUGUAGGGACACGUCUGACGCUGUACCGCUAUAUCUACCACAGCGUUUGUAUCUCAAAUCAUUCGCCAUGCUAAAUAUUUCUGUUCAGCUCCCAGCUCAGAAGGUACACGGAAAGUCAUUGUCCAAUUGGGAAUUGAUGGAAAAAUUAAGAAAAAUGAUCCAACCUGAUAGCUUUUCAUUAUUGAAAGUGACGAAGCAUAGUUCUGAAGUGAUAAGAUUUGACGCUGAAUUAGAGAAUCGACAAAAGUUGGAGCGAGUGCUGUCUCGGCUGGAAGAUAGAAUAGUUCAGUUAAAUGAUUACCCAGAUCCAUUGAAAGUGAAAGUGUCUGAGGCGAAAUCUAACUUCCCGAGUCGACAUGACUGGGAUUCAUUUUUUCGUGACGCCAGCGAUAUGGACGAAAUGAAGCCCGGUGAACGACCUGACACUAUACACAUUAAGAACUUGCCUAUCAGAUGGUUCGUUCACGAACGAGACAGAGACGAAGAUGCAGCCCCAUCUGAGAGUUUGUUCAAGAAAAUAUUCGAAAAGUACGGCUCUAUAAGACAAGUUGACGUUCCCGCAGCGGAUCCAUACAGAAUGAAAAUGAAAUCUCAGAUGAGGGGCAUCACAACACCACCACAAGAAAGUGCUUUAUACUUCGAGGGCUAUGUACAAUUUGUGGAGUACACAAGCUUCAUUCGCUGUAUGGACGCUCUGCGCGGACGUAAGCUGUUACGAAAAAACGAAGACAUCUCCGAAUGGUGUCACAUUAUUGUUGAUUUUGAUAAAACAAAGCAUAUGACGGAUGCAUCUGUUAAAAGACGGGCUAUCGUCAGAGAGAGGCUGAUAACACAACAGAAAACGAGGGAUCUCGAAGAAAGGCUUGAAAAAGAAAAACAAGCUAAAAGGGAAGCUAAGGAGAGGCAUAAAUUGGAACAUCUCGAACAAGAGAAGUUAGCUAAAAUGAGGGAAAGAGAGGAACGUAGGAAAAAGAAACAAUUGGCAAAGUUAAUGGAGAGGGAUGAUGUAGAUUUGAAUCGACGGAUAGCUGAGGAAAAGAAUAAGUUACUGAAAACACAGAAACGUUUACAAGCUGUACGGCUGAUUGAAGAAUUAUUUCAAAGACUCGAGCUUCGUCCUGAACUACAAAGCCAUCAGCCAGAGCGUUAUUAUAAAGCCAACGAGCGAUCUCGACACCACGCGGUCACUACCAUCAAGAGAUUAUCCGAGAAAGCUGUUGACGAACAACGGGAAAGAUAUCAACAAGCCUUGGAUGGUCGUAUUAUAAUCCGUUCAGCUCUAGAAACUAAGAAACCUAAAAGAGAAUCAUCAAUGAGUUCUAUAUCAGAAGACGAGCGGAGUCACGGACACAAGCGAGUCAAGGCUGAGAUGAUGUCUCCCGAGAGAGACAUAUAUGCUAAACCAGGAGUGUACGCGUAUCCCAAUCCAUAUUUCGGCUACCCGAUGUCAGUGCCGCCCUACGCUUACCCUCAGAGCUCGUUGUACUGCGGGUUGCCUUACAGAAGGCGAGGUCGCGGCCGGGGUCGAGGUAGAGGUCGGCUGCCCUUCUUUGACGGACCCGACGCUAACACACAGUACUAUCAAUACUUCAAGAAGCUAUCGGAGAUCGAGAAUCGUAACGAGCAUGAUAAUCGGAACCGGUCCCGGUCCCGUUCUCGUUCCCGAUCCCGGUCUCGCCGUCGUUCGUAUUCCCGGUCUCGCUCCCGGUCCCGGCGUCGCUCGUACAGUCGUUCCCGGUCCCGCAGCCGACGACGAUCCCGCAGUAGGAGUCGACGAUCAAGAUCUAGGAGUCGACGCGUAGGUUCCCGAUCAUUUUUGUCUAGGAGUAGAAGCCGCCGUCAAGCGUCCAGCAAUCGCAGGUCGAGAUCCCACAGUCGUUCGAGUUCUAAAUCUAAAAGUCGUCGUUCCAAGUCAAGAAGUCGUCGUUCCAAGUCAAGGAGUCGCCGUUCCAAGUCACGAUCCAAACGAACAGCGACUCCGAGGAACGAACCAGUUCUUGGAUCACGAAGAUCUAAAAGCUGGUCAUUACCGAGAGAUGAGAGGAAGUCGUGGUCUAGAACACCGGAGAAAUUAUUGUAA